CGGGAGGCGGCUAGCGGGGCUCGCGGCGGCGGCCAUGCAGGCGCGCUACUCCGUGUCCAGCCCCAACUCCCUGGGAGUGGUGCCCUACCUCGGCGGCGAGCAGAGCUACUACCGCGCGGCGGCUGCGGCGGCCGGGGGAGGCUACACCGCCAUGCCGGCGCCCAUGAGCAUGUACUCGCACCCCGCGGCGCAUGCAGAGCAGUACCCCGGUGGCAUGGCCCGCGCCUACGGGCCCUACACGCCGCAACCGCAGCCCAAGGACAUGGUGAAGCCACCCUACAGCUACAUCGCGCUCAUCACCAUGGCUAUCCAGAACGCCCCCGACAAGAAGAUCACCCUCAAUGGCAUCUACCAGUUCAUCAUGGACCGUUUUCCCUUCUACCGGGACAACAAGCAGGGCUGGCAGAACAGUAUCCGCCACAACCUCUCGCUCAACGAGUGCUUCGUCAAGGUGCCCCGCGAUGACAAGAAGCCGGGCAAGGGCAGUUACUGGACGCUGGACCCGGACUCGUACAACAUGUUUGAGAACGGCAGCUUCCUACGGCGCCGGCGGCGCUUUAAGAAGAAGGAUGCAGUGAAGGACAAGGAGGAGAAGGACCGACUGCACCUCAAGGAGCCGCCGGCGCCCCCCGCGCCGCCCGAGCAGACCGAUAGCGGCGCGCCAGGGGCCGCAGGGACCGCGGGGCCGCCCGGAGCGCAGCCGCAGCCCGUGCGCAUCCAGGACAUUAAGACCGAGAACGGUACGUGCUCCUCGCCGCCCCAGCCCCUAUCCCCGGCUGCCGCCCUGAGCAGCGGCGCCGCCGCCGCCGCCGCCGCCGCGGUGCCGAAGAUUGAGAGCCCCGACAGCAGCAGUAGCAGCCUGUCCAGCGGGAGCAGCCCCCGAGGCGGCCUGCCGGGGGCUCGCCCACUAAGCCUCGACGGCGCGGAACUCGCACAAGCACCCCCGCCUGCACCGCCCGCGCCGCCGCCGCCGCAUCACAGCCAGGGCUUCAGCGUGGACAACAUCAUGACGUCGCUGCGAGGGUCGCCUCAGGGCGCGGCCGCCGAGCUCAGCUCCGGCCUGCUGGCCUCAGCGGCAGCCGCGGCGUCCUCAAGGCCAGGCCUGGCGCCCCCGCUCGCGCUCAGCGCCUACUCUCCGGGCCAGAGCUCCCUCUACAGCUCGCCCUGCAGCCAGAGCUCCAGCGCUGGCAGCUCAGGCGGGGGCGGCGGCGGCGGCAGCGGCGCGGGGGGCGCGGGGGGCGCCGGGACCUACCACUGCAACAUGCAGGCCAUGAGCCUGUACGCGGCCGGCGAGCGCGGCGGCCACCUGCAGGGUGCGCCGGGGGGCGCCGGCGCUUCGGCCGUGGACGACUCCCUACCCGACUACUCGCUGCCUCCAGUCACCAGCAGCAGCUCCUCGUCCCUGAGUCACAGCGGCGGUGGCAGCGGGGGAGGACAGGAGGCCGGCCACCACCCUACGGCCCACCAAGGCCGCCUCGCUUCGUGGUACCUGAACCAGGCGGCAGGAGACCUGGGCCAUUUGGCGAGCGCGGCGGCGGCGGCGGCUGCCGCGGGCUACCCCGGGCAACAGCAGAACUUCCAUUCGGUGCGGGAGAUGUUUGAAUCGCAGAGGAUUGGCUUGAACAACUCUCCGGUGAACGGCAACAGUAGCUGUCAGAUGGCCUUCCCUUCCAGCCAGUCUCUGUACCGCACGUCCGGGGCUUUUGUGUACGACUGCAGCAAGUUUUGACACUCCAGCACCCUCACAACCUAACUGAAUUGAACCCCAAGGAAGAAGCAGCCCAAAGGACCGGCCCUUCAGUGCAAAAUCGAAACCAAAAAAACCUCUAUAUUAAAAAACAUUCUCCACACCAGCCAACAAAAUCCCUCCAAAAAUUCAACUCACCAGCACAAAGAAAACUUUAUUUUCUUAAAAGAUUAAUUCAGAGCCGCAUCCACUUUGCCUUAUCUAAAUAAAACCGUAAACUAUUGUGUACAGAGACCGCAAAAGCAUGGUCUGUUAAAGGACAGUGUUACUCCAGAUAACACGUAAGUUUCUUCUUGCUUUUCAGAUACCACGCUUUCCUCCUCUCCCCCGCCUCUGCCCUUCUUUCCUGACUUCGCAUCUGUAAGGUAUUAUUAUUUUAUCCUAUGUUUAGGGAGGGGAAAAGCCCUCUCCGUAUGCAAAUCACUUUCUUUGGACUUGUUUUAAAAUGUAAAUUGCAACAUAGUAAUUUAUUUUUAAUUUGUAGUUGGAUGUCGUGGACCAAACGCCAGAAAGUGUUUCCAAAACCUGACGUUAAAUUGCCUGAAGCUUUAAAUUGUGCUUUUUUUUUUCAUUAUAAAAGGGAAACUGUAUUAAUCUUAUUCUAUCAUCUUUUCUUUUUGUUGAACGUAUUCAUUGUUUAUUAAUAAAUUACCAUUCAGUUUGAAUGAGACCUAUAUGUCUGGAUACUUUAAUACAGCCUUAAUUGUGAGAAAAAAAAAGACUUAAGAGGUAAAAUACUAGUAAGCUGUCUAUUCUCCACCUAAAUCUCUGAAUAAUGGAGAAGUUCUCUGACUAUUCCCUGUCAAGUUUCACAUAACUGUCUGUUCUUGCUUAGAUUUUUUUUUUCUUUCUGCAGCAUUGUCUGCAAAAUACACUAUAUAAUCAGCUUGCUUUGUGGCUAGGAGAAAGAUGUUUUCCUAAAUAGAUCUGAGUUGGCAUAUAAACAAAUAGUCUUCUCAGUAAAGAUAGAUCAUGAAUUGGAAACCUUAAGCCCGGGAAUUGGCAGUUGUUUUACCACCGUGAUACCUCUGUGCAUAGAGAGAUGAGAAAGUGUCUCCAGAUAGGCACAGGUGAAGAUUUGGCCUGUGUCUCACUUAUAAAAUUAUGGUAUCUAUUAUACAUCCCUGUGAGCCAAAUGCAGAACCAAAUUUUCCUAUUAAUUUCAGUCCUUUCUAAGAGGAAAAAUAAACCAGUUUUUAAAUGCAUGUAUAUAAGUCACCGGCAUUUACAAUCCUUCAUGUAUUACAUAGAAGGUUCUUUUUUUUUUUUUUUAAUAUACUGUGGGUUGGAAAGGGAUAUUUAAUCUUUGGGAAACUAUUUUAGAAGAUAAGUUUGUAGAACAAUCGUUCUUGAAAAAGGCUUAAAGUAAUAACAAAAGGAAGGAGAAAAGAGCAGAGCAUUUUAGCCUAGGUGGUUUCUUUUCAAACCAAUUUUUCUUGUUAACUUACAGUUAAACCUAGGGGACAAUCCGGAUUGGCCCUCCCCCUUUGUAAAUAACCCAGGAAAUGUAAUAAAUUCAUUAUCUUGGGGGUGAUCUGCGCUGUCAAUCAGACUUUGGGGAGAUGGCGCUUUGAUUACAGACAUCCAGGGCCUUUCAGUUUGUUUUCGAGAUAAUACAGUUUCCUGCUAUCUGCCGCUCCUAUCUAGAGGCAACACUUAGCAGUAAUUGCUGUUGCUUGUUGUCAAAAUUUGAUCUUUGUUAAAGGAUUGCUGCAAAUAAAUACACUCUAAUUUUAGUCAAAAACUGCUUUACGUGGCUUCUGAUUCGCUCCGUCUCCUCCCCCAGAGCUGUAACCUAAUAGCCGGGGAAGAUCGCCGCGGCUCAGGGCGCGGUCCUGCUGGGUCAGCCUGCCGGCUGGCGUGUCUAUAGCGUGGAAGCCUGUGUGGCUCUGCGGCGGCGGCUGCCCCGGCUCCUCGCGCUGUCUUGGGCUGUCUCUCUGGGGGGGUGAUGAGAAAGACUCCACCGGCAUGUCUCUGGGAGUUUGUGCCUUGUCCACUUCGGAGAGAGGAGCGUGGAGCUGGGACUUGAGGACAGAGCGGUCCGGUUGCCCGAGCUGGGUUGGUUCUGGGCCCAGAAGGGGAGCGGCGACAGGUGACAACGCCUUUGGCCCCUCGGUCAGGGUGACCAUCCCCGAGAGACCUGGCCGGCUUGGGCAGCAGGAGACUGUAAGGCUCUAGAUUUCUCGGGUUCAGCAAGGGUGGCCACCUUUCACUUUUCGGCGGGGUCUUCCUUCCGCGGCCGCCGGAGCCCCAGCGCCCGGCCCCCGACGCAGCCCCGGACGCCGCGCCCUGACGGUAACGCUUUUCAGUUAAUUAGCUUUAAUUACCUGCCGCGGUCCGGGUGCCCGGCUUCUGUUUGCGUUUGCUUGCCACUUGUUCCAGAACCCCACGCCUCCCGCCCCCAGCGUCUCCCUCCCCUGAGCCCCGCUUUUGUCUCCGGCUGGCUCCCGAAAUAAGUUGUGUGGGGAGAAACAGAGUCAAAGAAGAGCUCUGUGAGGUUUGGUGGUUUAAUCACAGGUUGGGGCGCGGAGGCCGGGAAGCCCACGCUUCGGGACCAGUAGGGAGCACCAGGAUGUGUGGCGGGGUCAAGGGCCCCCGAGGCGGUCCGGGCGUUAGGCCCAGCAAGUCCAGGAACGCGGCCCUCUCCGCCCAGCAGCCUUCGGGACCCUAGGCCAAGGAGGGCCUAGCCAGCCUGUGCUUCUCGCCCUCCGCGUCCCCGUACUCGCUCCUCGCCCGGGCUCAGACUGUAAUUAUUAGCUAUUUGCUCAUCACUCGCCGCCUUUGUUUGGAAGACACACGUGCGUUUAGGAACACAGCCCGGGGUGGGAAGGUCAGAGCCAUUGCAUUGCUCACGAAUGACAACGUGCCCAGGCGCCCUCGCUGCGCCCGCGGCGUCUUCGGUGCCGCGCUCUGGCAGGAAACCACCCGACUCGCCCCACACCAGCGCCCCAUUCUCAGACUCUGCAAGGGCAGCCUGGCUGGGGUCCGGCGGCUUUCCUGGCAGUAGCUGAGUCCUUGCUUGGUUUGCAAGAUCAGUUUACGGAAGCCACAAAUCACUUCGGGUGGCCGGCGAAGGGGAGUCGUUGGGCCUAAUGGAGGCAAGUGAGCCUUGUCCAUGGUGCGGCGGACAGUGUGUCGGGAGGGCACGUGCCCAUGCCCUUCUGCGUCCCCUCGGGCCUCGGCUUGGCUGGCCCCGGGAUAGAGCGACCGCAGCUAGCGCUGGGCCUGGGGAGACUGUCCCCAGUAUGAGGUUCUAGAGGGGGUGGGCAGCGGAGCUAGCAUUCCCAGCCGGGGGACAGCCUCGUCCCCGCUCGGAGAAGUGGAGGCAGCCUGACCUGGGACAGGGUGCUGGAGUGAGCGUGGAGAGGGGAAGAACCGGCUCGGGUUCCUGCAGGGGCACUUCCAGAACCCACAGGCAUGGGGAGUGAGUUUCAGGGCCCCUUGCCCUUCCUUCCCGGGCCUGGAGUCCUUGAGGCUGGGCAAGAUCCCCCGGGGUGAGCAUGGCGCUACCACGACCUGGCCGCCUCCUGGCCCUGGGCACAUACUUACCUGAGGAAAGUUUCUUAGCAACUUGUUUGUCCUCUUAUUCCAAUGUUUGAAAAUUGAGCGUUUGAAGGUAUAUACAUCUAGGAAGGUGUUUGCAUUACAAAUAUAUAGACACAGCAGUUGCUUACAGAUAGUUCAGAAAGGAUGUUUGAAUGAAAGGUCAGAAUUUCUGUGCAUUAUUCUGAUUUUUGAAAGCAUAUAUAUAUAUAUAAACUUUUCCUACUAGCAAUACAUAUGCUUUUAAAUUCUUACACCCAACUUCAGAAAAACUGCAACUCCUGCCAACCUUCUUUAACCCGGGAGAACCUGCUUAUUCCUUAUGGGUUUGCCCUUAGAUGUGCACUUUUAAAGCAUUAAGGACAAUUUUCCUGUAAAAUGGGGUCACACUCGAAGUAGGAUAAUAUAAGAAAAACCCAGUAUCGUAAGUAAUAGUACAUUUUGAGAUUAGCUUCUGUAGAAAGUUUUAGAAUAAUGAGUAUUUUGUCCUCCCCCCCCCCCCCCGCCCCCUU